UGAGGAGGAGUGAAUAUUCGGAGAGAAAGACAGAGAGAGAGAGAGAGAGAGAGAGAGAGAGAGAGAGAGAAAUAUCUCAGGUCUGUUGAUUCCCAGAUCAUUUAGCGGUGUUUGUCUGUAACUGAUAGAUAAUAUCGAUUGAUCGGAUCGGAUUAAAAUAAUCGAGAUCGCACAGCAUGGACCACCAUAAUCAUCCUCAUCCUCACCAGCAUUAUGACGGAGAGACGAACGAUUACAUGCAGCAGGAGGACGAUUGGGACAGAGACAUGCUGCUGGACCCCGCCUGGGAAAAACAGCAGAGGAAGACGUUUACAGCGUGGUGUAACUCUCACCUGAGGAAAGCAGGAACUCAGAUCGAGAACAUUGAGGAGGAUUUUAGAGACGGACUUAAACUUAUGCUCCUCCUAGAGGUCAUCUCAGGAGAGCGUCUGGCUAAGCCUGAGAGAGGGAAGAUGAGAGUGCACAAGAUUUCAAAUGUGAACAAGGCUCUAAACUUCAUCACUAGUAAAGGAGUUAAGCUGGUGUCUAUUGGAGCAGAGGAAAUUGUUGAUGGGAAUGCUAAGAUGACUCUGGGAAUGAUCUGGACCAUCAUUCUCCGUUUUGCCAUUCAGGACAUCUCAGUGGAAGAAACGUCGGCCAAAGAGGGACUUCUGCUGUGGUGUCAGAGAAAAACUGCUCCUUACAAAAACGUCAACAUCCAGAACUUCCACAUCAGCUGGAAGGAUGGUUUAGGAUUUUGUGCUCUUAUUCAUCGUCAUCGCCCGGAACUUAUAGAUUACGGCAAACUGCGCAAGGAUGACCCUAUGACCAACUUGAACACUGCGUUUGAUGUGGCUGAGAAAUACCUUGACAUUCCUAAGAUGCUUGAUGCAGAGGAUGUCAUUAGUACGCUGCGUCCCGAUGAGAAGGCUGUGAUGACGUACGUGUCGUGUUACUACCACGCCUUCUCUGGGAAGCAGAAGGCGGAGACAGCGGCUAAUCGCAUCUGUAAAGUUCUCGCUGUCAAUCAGGAGAACGAGCAGCUGAUGGAGGACUACGAGAAACUUGCCAGUGAUUUGUUGGAAUGGAUCAGAAGGACAGUCCCUUGGCUGGAGAACCGGGUUCCUGAGAGCACCAUGGCUGCCAUGCAGCAGAAGCUGGAGGACUUCAGAGAUUAUCGUCGAGUUCAUAAACCUCCUAAAGUUCAGGAGAAAUGUCAGCUGGAGAUCAACUUUAACACAUUGCAGACCAAACUGAGGCUCAGUAACCGGCCUGCCUUCAUGCCCUCUGAGGGCAAGAUGGUGUCGGAUAUCUCCAAUGCCUGGGGUGGUCUGGAGGGGGCAGAGAAAGGCUAUGAGGAGUGGCUGCUGAAUGAAAUACGCAGACUGGAGAGACUCGACCACCUUGCUGAGAAAUUCAGACAGAAAGCAGCUAUACAUGAGGCCUGGACAGAAGGAAAGGAGGCCAUGUUAAAUCAGAAGGACUAUGAGACAGUGUCUCUGUCUGAGAUUAAAGCUUUGCUGAAGAAACACGAGGCAUUUGAGAGUGAUCUUGCUGCUCACCAGGACCGUGUGGAACAGAUUGCUGCCAUCGCCCAAGAGCUUAAUGAGUUGGAAUACUAUGACUCUCCCAGUGUGAAUGCUCGCUGUCAGAAGAUCUGUGAUCAGUGGGACGCUCUGGGAAUUCUGACUCAGAAACGCAGUGAGGCCUUACAGAAAACGGAGAAGUUGUUGGAGACGAUUGAUCAGCUGUACCUGGAGUUUGCUAAAAGGGCAGCGCCGUUUAAUAACUGGAUGGAGGGCGCAAUGGAGGACCUGCAGGACACCUUCAUUGUUCACACUAUCGAGGAGAUCCAGGGCCUGAGCACGGCUCAUGAGCAGUUUAAAGCUACACUCCCAGAGGCAGAUAAGGAAAGACAGGCCAUCCUGGGAAUCCACAACGAGAUCACCAAAAUCGUCCAAACCUACCACGUCAACAUCACUGGCACUAAUCCCUAUACCACCAUCAAUCCCAAGGAGAUCAACACCAAGUGGGAGAGGGUGAGACAGUUGGUUCCUCAGAGAGACCAGGCGCUGAUCGAGGAACACGCUCGGCAGCAGAACAACGAGCGUCUGCGCAGACAGUUUGCUAAUCAGGCUAACAUCAUCGGGCCCUGGAUCCAGAACAAGAUGGAGGAGAUCGGACGUAUAUCAAUCGAGAUGCACGGUACGUUGGAGGAUCAGCUGAAUAACCUGCGUCAGUACGAGAAGAGCAUCGUCAACUACAAGCCAAAGAUUGAUCAGCUAGAGGGAGAUCACCAGCAAAUCCAGGAGGCUCUCAUCUUCGACAACAAACACACCAACUACACCAUGGAGCACAUCCGUGUUGGAUGGGAACAGCUCCUCACCACCAUUGCUCGCACCAUCAACGAGAUCGAAAACCAGAUUCUGACUCGUGACGCUAAAGGCAUCAGUCAGGAGCAACUCAGCGAGUUCAGAGCCUCGUUUAACCACUUCGACCGGGAUCACUCAGGCACUCUGGGCGCUGAGGAGUUCAGGGCGUGUCUCAUCAGUCUGGGCUUUGAUAUCGGAAACGACGCUCAGAAGAGAACAGGCUUGAUGGAUGGAGAGGAUUUCCGCACCUGUCUCAUCUCCAUGGGUUAUAAUAUGGGUGAGGCAGAGUUCGCUCGAAUAAUGAGCAUCGUGGAUCCUAACAGACUUGGGGUCGUGACCUUCCAGGCUUUUAUUGACUUCAUGUCUCGAGAAACAGCUGAUACGGACACAGCUGAUCAGGUCAUGGCUUCCUUUAAAGUGCUGGCUGGAGAUAAGAACUACAUCACAGCGGACGAGCUGAGGCGUGAACUGCCCCCUGAUCAGGCGGAUUAUUGUAUCUCACGCAUGGCACCCUACAGAGGGAGUGAUGCCGUGUCCGGGGCCCUCGACUACAUGUCCUUCUCCACCGCCCUGUACGGAGAGAGUGACCUCUGACCUCUUCACCUGGAGUCAACUUGCCUUCUGUUUAUCUCUCUCUCACACACACACACACACACACACACACACACUCCUGUUUUGUAUCUGCUGAGCUCACUGUGCUGAUCUGAGACCAGGCCCAAGUGUCCAUGCAGUUUAUUUAUACCCUUUGUAGUAAACUAGUGGAAGGAGAAGUACA